GUUAUCGUGUUUGUUUAGUUACCUAAGUAAAAAAUAUAUCAAAUAAAUUACAUAAAAUCAGACCAUAACCAUGAGAUAAAUAGCUCGAUUGAGGUUGAUUUUGAAAGUGAGCAAUUUUUUUCGGCAGCAUAUAAUGUUUAAACAGUCAUUCAAUUUAGGGUUAAGCUUCUUGGGCUUAAAAACCGUUAAUAAACAGUAUUCAAAUGCUGAGACACUAGCUCCGAUCAAAUUGGCAUUCGCAACAUACGAGAAAAGCUUAAAUGACGACAAACAUGUACCUCCUUUUUUGAUACUGCACGGUUUGUUCGGUUCCAAAAGCAACUGGGUAAGCUUAUGUAAAGCCUACCAACAAAGAACAUUACCACAACGGAAAGUAAUAGCCCUGGACCUCCGAAAUCAUGGUGACAGUCCCCAUUCUGAGAGUCACAGCUAUGCAGAUCUUGCGGCUGAUGUUAAGCAGUUUUUAGUAGACCAACAUAUCCAUAAAGUAGACCUGAUGGGCCACUCAAUGGGUGGGAGAACAGCUAUGCUGUUUGCUUUGAAAUACCCAGAACAUGUGAAUAAGUUGAUAAUAGUGGACAUUUCGCCUGUUACCACGAGCCCAAAUUUAAAUCAAAUGCCCGGGUUAUUUACAGCUAUGGAGAGAGUACAGUUGCCAAAAAAUGUUUCAAUGUCGAAAGCUAGGAGUACUGUAGAUGCACAACUAGCAAAGUCUAUUGCAGACCCAAAUUUGAGAGCCUUUUUGUUGACAAAUUUAGUACAAAAGGAUGAUGGUUAUAGAUGGAGGGUAAACAUACCAGCCCUGUUGCAAAAUUUUAAUAAUAUUACCAGGUUUCCAUUGUUGAAUGAUAUGCAGUAUAAAGGAAGCACCCUUUUCAUUGGUGGGGCGAAUUCGGAUUUUAUAGGCCGAAACUGAAUUUUUGAAGUAUACUGUCGAACUCUCGUACUCUUCGUAUCAAAGUACAGAGUCGAUUUUAGCAAAAGAAAAGCCCGACCCUCUGGUCAUAUUGCAUGGAUUGUUGGGAUCCAGAUCCA